AGUUCCGGUAAGUCCUGAGCAGGCGCCCGUCCUUGCUCCACAGGGCGGUCUGGAUGUGCUCGUCAGUGGGCAGGUCGGUCAAUUUGCCCAGGGCGGCCUCUGCCGGCUUCCCCUGGAGUAUCUUAGAAGCAACUCUCUUCACGUCUUCCGGCUUCUCGUUGCGGAUGAACGUGCACAGCUCCUGCGGCAGCUUUCUGGAGCGAGUGGCCAGCACCUGCCUCCCCACAUCCUCGAAGAUCACAGGCCUGGACUCCAGGUUCAUCAUGAGCAUGGACGUCAGCUGCGUCUUGGCUCGUUCCCGCUCCACCGCGUCCACGGUUCCGCCCAUUAAAAUAAACUCCUUUGUGAUGAUUUCUACCAUUUCUGGAACCUGCCUUGGGUCGGCGAUGGCAAGGAUGCACAGGAGGCCAGUGUCCUCGUAGCUGAGGUAGUAGGAGGUCGCGUUAUAUAUCCAGUGGUGCCUGCUGAGCACAUCGAGGUAGAGCCUGGAGAAUAUGCCCUUGCCGGGCCCGCCAGCCGAGAAGGAGCCGCCUCCGCCCAUCAUCAUGUUCAACAAAGCGAAGGGGAUGAAGUCCUCCUCCAGGAAGGAGCAGCUCUCCAGUCCGAUCCCCCAUCGGGGAUGGGGGUCGGGCCCAGGCUGACGUCUCUUUCUAGCUUGGCAAUCCCCCCAGUGUACUGGGCCACUGUCAACAUCCACGGCCUCCGCGCUCCCUCAGGCCGCCUGGACCCCCAGGAGGUACUUCCGGGCACAUUCCACCAGGUGCUCGUCCUCCACACUCACGCCAGCCAGUACCACGCAGUCGGGGGUGUAGUAGUUCCGCAGGUAGGAAUGCAGCACUUCCCGAUUGAUCUUUGCUAUGUUUUCUGUGGGACAGAAACGGUGGAGGCCAACUGUGGUGCCUGUUGAGCACGUUGAGGUAGAGCCUGUAAGCCGCUUCAUGAAUCAUCUUGGUGAGGAGUGGCUCUGGGUCAGGCUGCAUGUUCAGGUCCUCCAGCUCAAACUGGACCGCCAUUCGCAUCAUCUCGACUUCUUCAUCUGUUAGCUGGGGCUGCAGAACCGCAUCAGCCAGUAAGCCGAACACCGUGUCCAAGCCUUUACUAUCAGCAGACACAGCAUACAUGGUGGUGUCACUUGAUGUCUGGCAGUCACAAAUACCUCCAUGCUUUUCCAACGUAAGCAGUAUUUCAUCUUUGCUGUUAAAUCGAGCAGUAGAAGAAAAUGCCAAUUUUUCCAAAAAGUGAGCAAUUCCACUAAGAUAAAAGCUGUAUGACUUGUGUGGAGUAGCCUAUAGAAAUUAGCUUGGCUGAAGCACUACAGUGAGAAUCUAUGUUUGGCUGAGAAUAACCUUGGAUUAUAUCCUAUGUGCAAGCUAACUUGUUUAGUCAUGGAUGCUGGCAAAAGAUAUGAGGCUUGGGUCAGAAACAAAGGAACUUCUUACUCUCAUGACAUAGCAAGCAGUUUAAGCUUUGUACUUACUUUGGAUUGCUCUGUUUAUCUCCAAGCACCACUAACAUAAUUAGAAUGGCCCAAUGCAGGAAAUUUGUGUUAUACAGUCAACGAACCCUGAAUCUGAGAAACCUCAACUUUGCCCGAGAGAGAGACAUUGUCCUUACUAUUCUCAACAACAGACAAACCUGCCUCUCCUCCAAAUGGAAAUACAAUCUUUAUUAUGUUUCAAGGCUGUUUGCUAUACAAAUAUCUUUGAAAAGAUAGUCUGGAACGAAAGCUGUCAAUGCUUCUGCUCAGAAAACAUAUGGAAACCCAACAUUCAUAAAGAGUUGUCUCCAACAGGAGCAAUUUUUGAUGAAUCUGCCAAAAAGGAUGAUGAGGUAUUUCGCACUGCGGUUGGUGACCUUAACCAGAAUGAGGAGAUCUUACAGACUGAGAAAAUCACAUUUUCAGUGACGUUUGUUGAUGGCAACAACCCUUUCCAAGCAGUUCAAGAAGCCUGUGAACUUAUGAAUCAAGGCAUCUUGGCCCUGGUCAGCUCCAUUGGCUGCACGUCAGCAGGAUCCCUCCAGUCUUUGGCAGACGCCAUGCAUAUCCCCCACCUCUUCAUUCAGCGCUCAACAGCUGGGACCCCAAGGAGUGGCUGUGGACUCACCCGGAGCAACAGGAAUGAUGACUACACUCUCUCAGUUCGCCCACCUGUCUACUUGCAUGAUGUUAUCCUAAGAGUGGUCACAGAGUAUGCCUGGCAGAAAUUCAUUAUAUUCUAUGAUAGUGAAUACGAUAUCCGUGGAAUACAGGAGUUCUUGGACAAAGUGUCUCAGCAGGGAAUGGAUGUUGCACUUCAGAAGGUAGAAAACAACAUCAAUAAAAUGAUCACCACUCUCUUUGACACCAUGAGAAUAGAAGAACUGAAUCGCUAUCGAGACACUCUUAGGCGAGCGAUCCUUGUUAUGAAUCCUGCUACAGCCAAAUCCUUCAUUACUGAGGUUGUGGAGACUAAUUUGGUUGCUUUUGACUGUCACUGGAUCAUUAUAAAUGAGGAAAUAAACGACGUGGACGUACAGGAACUUGUAAGAAGGUCAAUUGGAAGGUUAACGAUUAUUCGGCAGACAUUUCCAGUUCCCCAGAACAUAAGUCAGCGGUGUUUCCGUGGCAACCAUCGAAUAUCUUCAACAUUGUGUGAUCCAAAGGAUCCAUUUGCUCAGAAUAUGGAGAUUUCCAACCUUUACAUAUAUGACACGGUGCUUCUGCUUGCUAAUGCUUUUCAUAAGAAGCUGGAGGACCGAAAGUGGCACAGCAUGGCAAGUCUGUCAUGUAUCAGAAAGAACUCAAAGCCCUGGCAGGGUGGGCGCUCCAUGUUGGAGACCAUCAAGAAGGGUGGAGUUAGUGGGUUGACUGGAGAGCUAGAAUUUGGAGAAAAUGGAGGCAAUCCCAAUGUUCACUUUGAAAUCCUUGGAACCAACUAUGGAGAAGAGCUUGGCAGAGGUGUUCGCAAAAAUGAAAGAAUCAGACCACAGGGCUCUACUGGGAAAAUCUGGCCCCAGCUUGGGUGCUGGAAUCCUGUCACAGGUCUGAAUGGGUCACUGACUGACAAGAAAUUGGAGAAUAACAUGCGUGGAGUGGUUCUACGUGUAGUAACUGUUCUGGAAGAACCUUUUGUGAUGGUCUCUGAAAAUGUCUUGGGUAAGCCGAAGAAAUACCAGGGCUUCUCCAUUGAUGUUUUGGAUGCCUUAUCUAACUACCUGGGUUUUAACUACGAAAUUUACGUAGCACCGGAUCACAAAUAUGGAAGCCCACAAGAAGAUGGGACAUGGAAUGGCUUGGUAGGAGAACUUGUCUUUAAGAGAGCCGACAUAGGGAUUUCUGCUUUAACCAUCACUCCAGAUCGUGAAAAUGUGGUGGACUUUACAACACGUUACAUGGACUACUCAGUGGGGGUACUACUUCGAAGGGCUGAAAAGACAGUGGAUAUGUUUGCCUGUCUUGCACCAUUUGAUCUCUCUCUAUGGGCUUGCAUUGCUGGCACAGUCCUUCUGGUGGGUCUACUGGUCUACCUCUUGAACUGGCUUAAUCCCCCACGAUUACAAAUGGGAUCAAUGACGUCUACUACUCUCUACAACUCCAUGUGGUUUGUGUAUGGAUCUUUUGUACAACAAGGCGGGGAGGUCCCGUACACGACUCUGGCUACCCGAAUGAUGAUGGGGGCUUGGUGGCUAUUUGCUUUGAUUGUUAUCUCAUCUUACACGGCAAACCUCGCUGCUUUCCUCACUAUUACACGCAUUGAAAGUUCCAUCCAGUCUCUCCAGGACCUUUCCAAGCAAACAGAAAUCCCUUAUGGCACAGUCCUAGACUCUGCAGUAUAUGAGCAUGUCCGCAUGAAAGGACUGAAUCCUUUUGAGAGGGACAGCAUGUAUUCCCAAAUGUGGCGGAUGAUCAACCGAAGCAAUGGAUCGGAGAACAAUGUUCUGGAGUCCCAAGCAGGCAUUCAAAAGGUAAAAUAUGGAAAUUAUGCUUUCGUAUGGGAUGCAGCUGUAUUGGAAUAUGUGGCUAUCAAUGACCCAGAUUGUUCCUUUUACACCAUUGGAAAUACUGUUGCUGAUCGGGGAUAUGGAAUUGCAUUACAACAUGGCAGUCCUUACCGAGAUGUUUUUUCACAAAGGAUCCUGGAGCUUCAGCAGAAUGGUGACAUGGACAUCCUGAAGCACAAAUGGUGGCCUAAGAAUGGCCAGUGUGACCUGUACUCGUCAGUGGACACAAAGCAGAAAGGAGGCGCCCUGGACAUAAAGAGCUUUGCAGGGGUCUUUUGUAUCCUGGCUGCUGGAAUUGUCCUCUCCUGCUUCAUAGCCAUGCUGGAGACGUGGUGGAACAAGAGGAAAGGCUCCCGGGUUCCGUCAAAAGAGGAUGACAAGGAAAUUGACCUGGAGCACCUCCAUAGACGUGUAAAUAGCUUGUGCACAGAUGACGACAGCCCCCAUAAACAGUUUUCCACCUCGUCAAUUGAUUUGACCCCUCUGGACAUUGACACUUUGCCAACACGACAAGCACUGGAGCAAAUCAGUGAUUUCAGGAACACUCAUAUUACCACAACAACCUUUAUCCCAGAGCAGAUCCAGACUCUUAGCCGCACACUGUCAGCUAAAGCUGCUUCUGGUUUCACUUUUGGCAACGUGCCUGAGCACCGAACUGGCCCUUUUAGGCACAGGGCACCUAAUGGGGGCUUUUUCAGGAGUCCUAUAAAAACAAUGUCAUCUAUUCCUUAUCAACCAACUCCUACCCUGGGGCUCAAUCUGGGUAAUGAUCCAGACCGAGGCACCUCCAUAUGAGCAUCAAACAAAUCUCUUCACUGUUUCUUUUUUAGGACUCCCUUUGCAAGGAGCAACUGUAAUAUUGUGGGACUAACAUGGAUGUAACGUUUAAAAAAAAGAUCAGGAUUAUUAGUAACAAUUCUAGUUUUUUCCUCCCACCUUCUCCCUCUCCUCUCUCCUCUAUGAUUUUCUCUCUUUCCCCCUCCCUUCCUGUACAUUUUCCUCCACUUUUUUUCAUUACUCAACUUGUUCCCCAAGAAGGUAGUGUACUAGGAUCCUAUUAGUCUGCUUUUCAUAUACUGUACAUCAAGUAUAGGAAAUGUGCACUGAGUAUACUAAAAGUAUAUGCAGGAUUAAUUUUACAUAAAGGCCUCUCCUGUAACAUUUCUCUAUUUUUUGAAAUACAAUUGCAAUAACUUCAGUCUUUUUACAUUCUUCUGCUGCAUCCAUACAAUGCUCCACUGCCGUUGAGUGUCCUUUAACUGUGGACCAAAGGCAACCCCUGCAGUGUUUAUAAAACAAUUUUAAGACCAUUCAGGCCACAUAAGAUGAGAAUGCAAUUUUGUAGGAUUACAAAAAAGCCAUUAAUAUGCCAGUCAAGACUACAGUUAAAACUACUCUUGCACUGCAACAGUGCAUAUGACCUUUAUGUGAUUGUACAGUAUUAAAAGUUUUUUCUUAUGUACAGUAAACUUUAUCAUAUGGCAGAAGCCUCUAUUGUGUUAAAGAAAUUAGUAUUUCAUAUAUAUACAUAUAUAUGCACCUAUAUAAUGUGUAUAUAUAUAAAAAGGCAGCCAUUGCUAUUGCAAUUCAUUUAAUAAAGCUUUAGUUUAAACAAACGUAUUGUAUACAGGAACUAUGUAUAGUGCAGGGGUUCUUUUCAGUUAGAAAAGGCAGGUUGCUUUAAUGUUAUUCUGACUCGCCUUGUUUGCCAACAGAAAAUAUUUUAUACUUUUGUUAUUAAAGCAUCCAGGGCAAUUUAAUAUUUGUUCCUAGAUGUAACUCAUUUGAAUAGGUUUUGCAUUUGUUAUUCAGCAGUGUAUAAAGCUAACCUUGAUAAUUUUACUUUUAAUUAAUUAUCUAAAUGAAAAAUGCUAUUAGCUGAACCACAUCCACAGCAGCACAUAGAGCUCUAGAAGAGGUGAAACAUAGAUCAUUGAAGGUUAAAAAUCCUCUUCCAAAGCAGCAAGUCAAUCAAUACAAUAAUGAUAUUUGGGGAGGGGUGGGAGCCCUUAAGAACUAUUGAUGUGGCCUUAAAUUACUGUCAUUUAUUAUCCUAAAGAAGAAAACAUAAUAACCAUAAUGGGCUCUCAACUCAACCCCCUUUUUUAUUUAGUUCUAUUUGGAGGAGUUAUGUAUUUUUUACAUUAGUGCCAAGUAUAUAGAAGGAUGACAGCAAAAACAGUGCCUCUUUGUGCACAACCCUUUUAAAGUAGCAUUCUUACUUGUUAGAAAUGUAGAAUGAACUUUGUUUGUAAUCCUUAAAUUAAAAUGUGGUAAGUAGGAAGCAAGAACUUAUUCUGUGUUUUUACGCAGCCAUACACUUACUUUAAUCUAACUCAUUCUGUGGCUAGGAUUGAUAUAGGAAUCAACCUAUGUGAUUUGCUUUAGGAGAAAUUAAAAGGUAUAUUCUUAAGAUAUAUUAUAUUUUGAUGCUAAUUCUGUUCUGGGGAGCAUCUUGUAUUGUCACUGUUUUGUACUAAAUCUUCAAAUAUUGUCUACUGUGUAAGGCAGAAAAAUUUCUUAUCAUGCAAAAACCAUUUUGUUUCCAGGGUAACAAGUAACUAAGUGCAUGCACAACUUGUUUUCCCUUGUAACAUUCAUGAUCUCAUUUACAACUCUGAUUUUAAAACAAAAAAAUCUUUACAACAAGCUAUAUAGGGACAUACCAGAUGUUGCAGUGAUUUUAGCUAUCAACAAACUGUUAACCAUGUACAAUAUUUAAAAUAGGCUUAUUUUGAUGUAUCGCCUAUUAUACAAACACACAAAACAUUUUUGGAGGCCUCAGUUAUGAGUGACAGAGCUUUCUGUGUAUAAUUUGUCUAAAUAAUUUGUCUAAUAAAAAUGUUUUCUAAACUUGCUCUCAUACUA